GGUUCUUAGACCGAGAGCAUCCAGGGACAACGAGUGAGUCACGGACGGAGGUCUGGAGCCAGAGACACUCCUCAUCAGGAGCCAGGACCGGGGGUCUGGAACCAGGAAGCUGAUCCGGCGGUUGAUGUGGGAGUGGUGAGUUCCUCUCUGGGAUCAGGAGCAGCUUCAGAGCUGACCCAGGAUCAGGCUGCAGCCUCCAUAUAAUCCUCCAAAGAGCAUUAACGGACUAAGUUUGGUUCUGGACGGGACAGGAGAUCCCCCCCUGUCCGCCAUGAUGCAGAUAUCCGACUCCUACAACCAGAAGAACUCGCUCUUCAACACCAUGAACCGCUUCAUCGGCGCCGUCAACAACAUGGACCAGACGGUGAUGGUGCCCAAUCUGCUGCGGGAUGUCCCACUGGACCACAGCCAGGACCCGAAGCUCCCAGGAACCGGCACCAGACCCACCUGCAACGGCAGAGCCUACUUCCACCAGGAGGACGGAGACAUGUACAGCUCGUAUGUUCUGCUCAAGUCCAUCCGUAACGACAUAGAGUGGGGCGUCCUGCAGGGGGACGAGCAGCCUAAAGAUAUCGGCGCCGAGGAAAGCGAUGAGCGGCCCAAAGAUGGCGGCACCGAGCGGGGAGACGAGCUGCCCAGAGAGAAGGUGGACCUGAAGGAGGCGCCACAAGCGGAGCUGGAGGAGGACGACCUGGAGAAGCAGUUCCACUUCCACCUGAGCGGACUUCACACGGUCCUGUCCAAACUGACACACAAAGCCAACACGCUCACGAACCGCUACAAGGAGGAGAUCGGCUGCAGGAACUGACCCGGCUCCGUUCCGUUUACAGAAACGCGGCAGCACUUUUAGCUCUUUAACGACGAACCACAGAUAAUUUUCAAUAUUUAAUUCCUAAAAACUUCUUCAAGUUGUGAAACUCUUUAAGGCUUGGUAUCAUCCCAGAAGUUCUGAUCCGGGUACUAAAACAAUAUAAAUUUUUUAAAAAGCAGAACAUCUCAGACACACAUUGGAUUUAAUAAUCUGUUAAGACAACAGCAGAAUAAAUGUUUAUUUAUAAACAGACUUUUCGGGGCAUUUUUAAAGUUCGUGGCAUUUUACAGACCAACUUAGCCGCAGCUUUCCUUGGUGUUUGGUUCAUUUAAAAACAAAACAUAAAUUAUUUAUACAUUAUUCUUUAUGAAGAGGUUUAAAUGUAGACAUAAACAGCUUUAAAUCUGUUUUUUUUUUUUAGUA